AUGUGUUCAGACAGUGAUCGCAGUCCAAAUGGGAUGUUACUGUCAACCAAUGAGCGAAUAGAACGUUCGCUUAAAGGCAGUACCUCGAGACUGAGUUCUUCAUUCUUUCAGGGUCGUUUUGAGAAACAAUCAUACCUACAAAUAAAAAUGAGCGGCAGAGGUAAAACCGGAGGCAAAGCCAGAGCCAAGGCUAAGACUCGCUCAUCCAGGGCAGGACUGCAGUUCCCCGUCGGCCGUGUUCACAGGCUUCUCCGCAAAGGCAACUACGCCGAGCGCGUCGGUGCUGGUGCUCCUGUUUAUCUGGCGGCUGUGCUCGAGUAUCUUACCGCUGAGAUCCUGGAGUUGGCUGGAAAUGCUGCUCGGGACAACAAGAAGACCCGCAUCAUCCCCCGUCAUCUGCAGCUGGCGGUGCGCAACGACGAAGAGUUGAACAAACUUCUGGGCGGAGUGACCAUCGCUCAGGGCGGUGUGCUGCCCAACAUCCAGGCUGUGCUGCUGCCCAAGAAGACCGAGAAACCCGCCAAAUCCAAAUAAGCGGAUUCAGUCUGUUUUAUUGAAAACCAAAGGCUCUUUUAAGAGCCAC